AUGUCACGUGAGUCUCGUCACCGCCGACAGCUCUCGCAAGUCCUGCCGCCGGAGUUCAUAGCCGGCGACGACCUCCAUGACUUGGCCCAAGGCACCAUACUUGCUGCUGGCACAGCAACAACUACUACAACUGAGAGCUCAAAAAACUCACCACCAAAAGCCCAUGGGCAAGAUUCUUCCACUCACUCUCCUGCGCCCAACAAGAAGCCCCCCACCCCCAGACCUUCUGGAACUUGA